AGUCUUUGAUUCAAGACGAGCUGCAGGGAGCUUCAGUGCAAUUACUCCAACGGUCGCAGAUGGAUGAUGACUUGGAAGAUGAUUUUGAACCUCUUGCCAGUGAAGAACCUGAUCCACUUGACGCAGAGAAUUUCAAUGCAAUCGACUACAUCAACAAACAAUUCCCAAAUGAAGACUCUCUUGGUCGACUUGGCAACUUUAUCGAGCAGCUGAAAGUGCAAGAGCGUGAGAUUGAAGAAGGCAUCAAAAACGCAGUCAGGAGGCAGGCAGCUUUUGGCCGCCGAGCCAAGGCUGACUUGGGUGAUGCAAAAUUGGCAGUUCGCGAACUCUUCGAGCGCAUCAAGGCCAUUAAAGCCAAAGCAGAGCAAAGUGAAGAGCUCGUAAGUGACGUGUGCAGGGAUAUCAAAUCCCUUGAUGUUGCCAAGAGAAACUUGACCUUGACUGUGACUGCUUUGAAGCGACUGGUUAUGCUGGUCACUGCUUUGGAACAGCUGCGGUCAACCGCAGAAUGCAGGCAUUACGAACAAGCAUCUUCUUUGAUUCAUGCAGUCGAAGAAUUAUCCGGCCACUUCCAGGAACUAUCCCACGUUGCACGUGUGGCGGACCUCUUGGAAAGAAAGGCUGCUGUCUUCAGUGAUUUGAAGCAACAAGUGCUGGAAGACUACAUGUGCUUGCAUGGUGGAAUUGGAAGCGCUACUCGCUUGGAGCAGCUCCCAGAAGGCUGGGGCACUGCUGCUGCCAAAUGUGUAGAUGCAAUCGGACCUGGCAUGAGACGAGAGGUCGUAACGCAGUUCUGCUUGAGAUUAUUGGAAGGCUACAAAGAUAUCUUCCAACCGCCCAAAGAGGCAUCAGGCUUGGAAACAGCUGAGCGUAGAUUUGCUUGGUUGAAACGAACGCUGCGGGAAUAUGACGACAAGUAUAAGUCACAGUUCCCAGAAUCCUGGCAAGUGCCAUGUGGCCUAUGCGACCUGUUCUGCCAUGUGACACGACAGCAUUUAGUCGAAAUCCUUGACACCACACAUCACAUGGUUGACCCAGAACUGAUGGUGCGUGUCCUCCUCAAGUCCAUUGAAUUUGAAAAUGAAUUAGCAAGGAAGUGGGCAGUUGAAAUCGAGGACAGUGAACACUUCGACACUUCGAGACUCUCAGCGAUGCCCAUACUGAAGUAUCCAGAUGUGCUGUCAGUAAAGGCAGGCGGAAAGGCUUCAGGUUCUGCUGAAAGCAACGAGAAUUCUACAGAUCAGUUCGCCCCUCGCUUCCGGGGAAUAAUCAGUGAGUGCUUUGAUGCCUACCUGGGAACUUGGGUCAGACAUGAAGAAAAACAACUACUUGAAGUUUUGCAAGCACUGACUGCCGCAGACAAGAUGGUAGGCCAAGAGGAGAAUGAUGAAGACGAGGAUGAAGUUUUACAGCAAAGGUUUUUGUACAAAUCAGCACCUGAGCUUUUUGCUGCCAUGAGGGGCAGCAUGCAAGAAUGCGCCCGCUUCUCUACACACAAUACGUUAUUUGACAUUUUCCAAGUAUUCCGGAAAGUUAUGAACCAGUAUGCCAGCAAAUUGUCCAGCAUACUUCCUCCUCCGGGCCACAAAUUAUCUUUGGAUGCAGAGGGUGUGCAAGCUAUUUGUUGCGUAAUCGGCACGGCAGAAUAUUGCGACGAAACUCUUCCACUUCUUGAGGAAUCGCUGACGAAGAUCAUCAGUGCAGACUUCCAAGAUCGAAUCGGUUUCCAUGAUGAGCAGGAGCUUUUGCGCAACGUUGUCAAUCGAGCCAAUGAAGGGUUGGUCCAGUCAGUGGCAUGCAGCUUGGAUGAAGCUUUCAGCAGCAUGAGUCGAACCAACUGGGCAGCGUUUUCACAGGACGUGGGUGAUCACAGUGCCUUUGUGGGAGACAUAUCAGAGCGUCUUCCAAAGCAGUUCGAGCCAAUAGCAGCCCACUUGUCCAAGAUUCACUACCGUUUUUUUUGUGACAAGUUCGUGCAAAGUUUCGUGGCAAGAUUUGUGGCUGAAGUGCACAAAUGCCGGAAGAUCAGUGAACGAGGAGCGCAGCAAUUGCUUUUGGACACGGCCUUAAUAAAGACCACGUUGCUGGAGGCACCGGUUGUUGCUGGGCAUGGGAGGCAGAUGCCUACAGCAUACAGCAACUAUGUAUUGCGUGAAAUGGGGAAGGCUGAAAUCAUGCUGAAAGUUCUGAGUUCGCCUGAUGUUGAUGCUACAUCGAUAACAGCUAUGUUGGGGGACGGUGAUGACCCCAUGGUGCAGCAGCUCCUCGCCCUUCGGGCUUCAGGCGACUCCAGCGAUGCUACUUCAGCAGGUUCGAUGGAGCAGCAGCUGCGUCACGAAGCAGAUCGAAUAGCUGCAGCCGCAGGGGUUCCAUCGAUUGGAUCGACAAUGAACUACUUGGGAGACGCGUUGAAUAAAGGCGCAAAGGCAUCGGAAGACCUGAAAAAGAUUUCAGGUGAUGUGAAGAAGAAUAUUCAGAAGCUCGGAUUUCCGAGUUCCCUGAACUUUGGUAUCAAAAAGACCGGUCCUCCUGGAUGAUGGGCAAGUUUGUGCCGUGAGUGGGCGGAGUCCCAUGUGGCUUGUCAUUGCUUUCUGCAGCGCAAAGGGCAGGAGCUCAAGCUGCUUAUGGAAGAAACUGCCCAUACUUGAGGUUAGAUAUGUUUCACUUCGAUCAUCAUGGCCCCAAGAAAAGCUACUGCAAAAGCAUCCGUGUGCAGAGCGAAGAUAUCUCCAGGGCCAGGUCAGCGAGCAAAGAUGCCUCCAGAGCUUUUGCUCACCAGAAUCUUCGAGGACAUAUUGACAAACAAAGGCUUAGAACUUAGAACAGUAC